GUGAGGUUGAACUUCCGAGGAGGAGGAGGUCUGUUGUAGCCACCCAUUGGGCAAGUCUUUUCAUGUCGCGUGACGAUACAGGCAAGGCUUCGUCCCACCCAAGUAACAGUUGAGCUCGGGGAAAAGAGUCAACUGGUCAAUUCCGGAAAUAAAUUUCUAUAAUUUUGGAUGUCACGAGGUGAUGCUGGGGGUGGCCGGAAUGACGGGCAGCAUCGCCAAUGCCCUGGCUAGUGCAGCCUGUGAACGAUGUAAGAGUGGCUUUGCUCCCACUGAGAAGAUUGUCAACAGCAAUGGAGAGUUGUACCACGAACAGUGUUUCGUGUGUGCCCAGUGUUUCCAGCAGUUUCCAGCGGGACUCUUUUAUGAGUUUGAAGGCAGAAAAUACUGUGAAUACGACUUUCAAAUGCUCUUUGCUCCUUGCUGCCGCCAAUGUGGUGAGUUCAUCAUUGGUCGUGUUAUUAAGGCCAUGAAUAACAGUUGGCACCCUGACUGCUUCUGCUGUGACAUCUGCCAGGCUGUACUGGCUGAUGUGGGCUUUGUAAAAAAUGCUGGCAGGCACCUGUGCCGCCCAUGCCAUAAUCGGGAGAAGGCUCGUGGCCUGGGCAAGUACAUCUGCCAGAAGUGCCAUGCCAUCAUUGAAGAGCAACCGCUGAUGUUUAAGAAUGAUCCUUACCACCCAGACCACUUCAACUGCAACAAUUGUGGGAAGGAGCUGACAGCUGACGCCAGGGAACUGAAAGGCGAACUUUUUUGUUUGCCUUGUCAUGACAAGAUGGGCGUGCCUAUCUGUGGCGCAUGCAGGAGACCCAUCGAGGGGCGUGUUGUCAAUGCCGUGGGCAAGCAGUGGCAUGUUGAGCAUUUUGUGUGUGCCAAGUGUGAGAAGCCAUUCCUUGGUCAUCGCCAUUAUGAGAGGAAGGGGUUGGCUUACUGUGAAACGCAUUAUAACCAGCUGUUCGGCGAUGUGUGUUACCACUGCAACCGUGUGAUUGAGGGUGAUGUGGUGUCUGCUCUCAACAAGGCCUGGUGUGUCAGCUGUUUCUCCUGCUCCACCUGCAAUACAAAGCUCACCCUCAAAGUUAAGUUAGUUGAAAUAGACCUGAAACCAGUGUGCAAGCAUUGUUUUGAUUAUAUACCUGAGGAGCUGAAACGCCGCCUUGCCCGCCGUGAGCGCGAUGCCAAAGAGCGCAAGUAAAAUCCUGCUGGCUACUUGAUACUGCUCUUGUAUCAUCAUUAGAUUUUACAGUACCUCAUGAUUUUGCCUGUGAGUAUGUGUGUACUGUAUAUGCAUGAACAUUACUUAAUUGAUGCUCAUUUCUGGCAUCCCCCUUUAAAGGUUUUGUGCUGUUCGACUGAACGACUGUAAUUCUCAAUAAAUAUCCAUCAGAAUACAAAAAAACCCCACAGUGGCAGCUUAAAAAGUCCACUGUGACACAGUAAAAGUGUUUUGGCAUAAAAGUGAUAAAGAUCUUCCUUUUUGCUUGACCUAACAGUCGAACAAGACAACAACAAAAAAGUAGCUACAUUGGUAGAAAAGCAAAAACAUACUCUGUUUUACUUUUGAAUGUGCAUGAGGUGCAUUUAUGCCAAUAUAAUGAAACAUCUCAAACGUAGAUUGAAAGAAAAGCCACAAUUAAUUAAACUUAACACCACCAAUAAUCCACCAGAUGAUGCCAAAGUAAUAGUACAAUUGGUUUGGCCUUAGCAUAAAAAAUGGAAAUUCAUGAAUGUGGAACCGCAAAUAUGCGGGGGUUCACUGCAUUUGGACUACACGCACCGGCCAAAACAUAAGGUACACGUUCACAUUCAAAAUAAAUCCAAGACAAGACCUUGAUCAACCCUUUGCAUGAUUAUUAUUGUGGUUGUAGUUUGAAGUGGUGUAGAACGACAUUGUACAAUACUAAGAGGUUUUCCUCAAACUGUAUUUUGGUUGCCUUACUUAGCAACGUGACAAGUGCAACCUAUUUGACACACCUCUCGUAAAAAUACUUAAUACUGCUCUUUUUUCAUCAUUAGAUUUUACAGUACCUCGUCAUUUUGUCUGCGAGUAUAUGUGUAUAUGCAUGAACAGCCUUUAGUUUAUUAUGCUCAUAAGAAAAUUUGGUAAUUUUGAAAGAUAUACAGUCCCCUCCUAAAGUAUUGGAACGGCAAGGUCAUUUCCUUUGUUUUGUUGUAUACUGAAGACAUUUGGGUUUCAGAUCAAAAGAUGAAUAUGAGACAAAAGUUCAGAAUUCCAGCUUUUAUUUCAUGGUAUUUACAUCUAGAUGUGUUAAACAACUUAGGACAGAGCACCUUUAGUUUGAAGCCACCCACUUUUCAACUGAGCAAACGUACAGGAAUAGACAUUAAAUUAAUGUAAAGUGAAUAACAUUUAAUAUUUGGUAGCAUAACCCUUACUAGCAAUAACUUCAUCAAGCCUGCGACCCAUUGACUUAAACAGUCUGUUGCAUUCUUCAUUUUAAAUGCUUUUCCAGGCCUUCACUGGAGCCUCUUUAAGUUAUUUUUUGUUUCAGGAGAUUUCUCCCUUCAGUCUCCUCUUCAGGAGGUAAAAUGCAUGCUCUCUUGGGUUAAGGUCCAGUGAUUCACUUGUCCAAUCUAAGACCUUCCAAUUUUCCCCCUGAUAGAAGUCCUUUGUUGUGUUGGCAGUGUGUUUUGGGUCAUUGUCUUGAUGAUGAUUAUGAAGCUUCUCCCAAUUAGUUUUCAUGCAUUUUUUUUUCUAUACAUUUCCAGACAAAAUGGUUUUUUAGACUUCAGAAUUCAUUCUUCUGCUAUCAUCAUGAGUUACAUCAUCAAUAAAGAAGCAGCCAUGCAAGCCCAAGCCAUGACAUUACCUUUUUUUUUUUUUUUAUAGAAACAUUUUUCCUCCAUACUUUGGCCUUUCCAUCACUUUGGUAGAGGUUAAUCUUGGUUUCAUCAGUCCAUAAAACCUUGUUCCAAAUUUUUUGUGGCUCAUCUCUGUACUUCUUUGCAAAAUCCAAUCUGACCUUCUGCUGAUGAGUGUUUUGAAUCAGAAUCAUCUUUAUUUGCCAAGUAUGUCCAAAAAACACACAAGGAAUUUGUCUCCGGUAAUUGGAGCUGCUCUAGUACGACAGCAGACAGUCAAUUGACAGAACACUUUUGAGACAUAAAGACAUUGACAAAAACAGUCACUGAGCAAUAAAGGGUUGCUAGUUAUCUGGUAAUGUCGGUACAAAUUUCAUUUUAUUUUUUUGACAAUUGUGCAAAAAGAUGAACUUGAAAACUGGGUGUGUUCAAACAAAAGGUGCUCUGUCCUGAGUUGUUUAACACAUCCAUCCAUCCAUUUUCUGAACCGCUUCUCCUCACUAGGGUCGUGGGCGUGCUGGAGCCUAUCCCAGCUAUCAUCGGGCAGGAGGCGGGGUACACCCUGAACUGGUUGCCAGCCAAUCGCAGGGCACAUACAACAAACAACCAUUCGCACUCACACCUACGGGCAAUUUAGAGUCUCCAAUUCAUGCAUGUUUUUGGGAUGUGGGAGGAAACCGGAGUGCCCGGAGAAAACCCAAGCAGGCACGGGGAGAACAUGCAAACUCCACACAGGCGGGGUCGGGGAUUGAACCCCGCUCCUCAGAACUGUGAGGCCGACGCUCUAACCAGUCGUCCACCAUGCUGCUUGUUUAAGACAUCUAGAUGUAAAUACCAUGAAAUAUAAGAUGGAAUUUUUAACUUGUCUCUUAUUCAUCUUUUGAUCUGAAACCCAAAUGUCUUCAUAUAUAACAAACUCAAAGGAAUUGACCUUGCCGUUCCAAUACAUGUGGAUGGGUCUGUAUGUCAUCAAACCAAUCCAAUCCAAUCCACUUUAUAUAGCACAAUUUAAACAAGCACAAGGUGCCCAAAGUGUUGUACAAUGCCAUAAAAACACAGCAAAAAAUACAAAAUAAGGAUAAAAAUAAAAUAAAAUGAGGUAAAAACUACAUAAAAUGAAGUAGAUAAAAUCAAAAUAAAAUAAAAUGCACUGCCCACACAACACAUAUACAUCACAUCAGACUGGUGUUAAAAGCCAGGGUAAAAAGAUGGGUUAUAAGCAAGAAUUUAAGAUGAGACAAAGAUGAGGCUUGUCUGAUGUGGAGUGCCAAAAUAUUCCACAGUUUUGGAGCCGCAACAGCAAACCAUCUUAUUCAGCCAAUUCUUGUGUGAAAGACAAAGUGAUCGCUUUGAAAUGCACCCUCAUUUCUGUUAUGAUUUUAAAGUGAGAGAUAUUUUCACCAUUUGGUUGAUUUUUGCAUGUAUUCACAAAAAUGAUUUAUUGCGGUUGUCCAAGUGUCAAGUCAAACUGUCAGUCAGCUUUGAAGACUAAACAUUUGUGGAUCCUCCAGCAUAAUCUCAGUCUGCUGUGUGGGAGCAGAAAGAGGGAACUGUAUAUUGUGUAUAGCUAUAAAGCAAUGACAAUGACAGGAAAUAAUGUUGGCUAUACCAACAACUACUCUAUAUGCAGUGCUUUGACUGAUGAAGCAUUUUAGAAUCCCGGAUGAUGGGUUGGUGCAAGGAGGAGGAGAGUCUGGUAGGGAAGAGCAACUACUCCUUUAUGCAGUUUUACACAACAGCAUUAUGCAAAUUGAGACCAGACACGAUCAAUAAAUAAAGCAUACAGGAGGCAGAUAAUGGUGAAAUAUGUAUGCUGUCGUAAAGGAGGCAAGGUUUUACCAUGUUUUAGUGUUUGAGUGGUGCUUUGAUAUCAUGGAAUAUAUGUUGACCUACCCGUAAUCUGGACUAGUUUAUCUUUUUUUUGUCUACCUAAAACAGGCAAAUAACACGGUGAAUGACUAGUUAGUUCAUCUGCCUCACAGUUCUGAGGACCCAGGAUCAAAUCUAGCUUCGCCUGUGAGAAGUUUGCAUGUUCUCCCCGUGCCUUCGUGGGUUUUCUCCGGGUACUCCGGUUUCUUCCCACAUCCCAAAAACAUGCAUGGUAGGUUAAUUGAGGACUCUAAAUUGCCCGUAGGUGUGAAUGUGAAUGCGAACGGUUGUUAAAUGUGGCCUGCGAUUGGCUGGCGACAGGUUCAGGGUGUACCCCGCCUCUCACCCAGAGACAGCUAGAUAGCUACUACUACUACUACUACUAAUGAGCAAAGCUUUACCCCAAGUGAUCUUGAGCCAUUAACCAUUCCUUUCCUAUAAAGCAAUUCUGGUAUAAGAGUAAAAUGAAUAUGUAUGGAGUCUAAACAUGCGCUUCUUCCUUUGUUUUUCUUUUUUUAU